GCCGCCAUCUAUCAUUCACCCCCCCUCGUUCCCGCGCCACGACCCGACGAAUUUUAUCUCGUAACACAUCAAUCGAAACAAGCUCAUCUCUUCACGACAAACAACACAGCCGUCAAGAUGGGCGACGUCCUUGUGGAGAACCCAGCAAACCACAUCCCUCCCCACAAGAGGACCGCGCCUUCAACGAUUCCAAGCAUCGACAACUUCGAGGGCUUGACGGCAGAGGGCGGAGACGACUAUGCCGCGUUAAAGAAGCUCCAGAGGCAACUGGAGUAUAUCCAGCUGCAAGAAGAGUACAUCAAGGAUGAGCAGAGGAGUUUGAAGAGGGAGCUUGUGCGAGCCCAGGAGGAGAUCAAGCGCAUCCAGAGUGUACCGCUGGUCAUUGGCCAGUUUAUGGAGGCUAUCGACCAGAAUACCGGCAUCGUCCAAUCCUCCACAGGCAGCAACUACGUCGUGCGCAUACUCUCGACCCUCGAUCGCGAGAAGCUCAAGCCCUCCUCCUCCGUUGCUCUGCACCGUCACUCCAAUGCUCUUGUCGACAUCCUGCCCCCCGAGGCCGACUCCUCCAUUGCCAUGCUUGGCUCAGAUGAGAAGCCCGACGUGACGUACGCCGAUGUUGGUGGUCUCGACAUGCAGAAACAGGAGAUUCGUGAGGCUGUUGAACUUCCUCUGACGCACUUCGACCUCUACAAGCAGAUUGGUAUCGACCCCCCUCGUGGUGUCCUGCUGUACGGGCCUCCAGGUACCGGCAAGACAAUGCUGGUCAAGGCCGUCGCCAACUCGACAACCGCCAACUUCAUCCGUGUCGUCGGCUCCGAGUUUGUGCAGAAGUACCUCGGUGAAGGUCCGCGCAUGGUCCGCGACGUCUUCCGCAUGGCGCGCGAGAACGCUCCGGCAAUCAUCUUCAUCGACGAGAUCGACGCCAUCGCGACAAAGCGUUUCGACGCCCAGACCGGUGCCGACCGCGAAGUCCAGCGUAUUCUUCUUGAGCUCCUCAACCAGAUGGACGGCUUCGACCAGACCGCCAACGUCAAGGUCAUCAUGGCCACGAACCGCGCCGACACGCUCGACCCCGCCCUGUUGCGUCCCGGUCGUCUCGAUCGCAAGAUUGAGUUCCCUUCGCUGCGCGACCGUCGCGAGCGCCGUCUCAUCUUCUCCACAAUUGCCUCCAAGAUGAGCCUCGCGCCCGAGGUCGAUCUCGACUCCCUCAUUGUCCGCAACGACCCCCUCAGCGGCGCCGUCAUCGCCGCCAUCAUGCAGGAGGCCGGCCUGCGCGCCGUCCGUAAGAACAGGUAUAACAUCAUCCAAAGCGAUCUCGAGGACGCCUACUCCAGCCAGGUCAAGGGCACAGCGGACGACAACAAGUUUGAUUUCUACAAAUAAGUCAGCCAUCGCGACUGGACCACGGAGGACGGAGGACGCGGUUGUGUUUGGUUGAUGGGCGCGGCCGAGACAAUUGGCCAUGUAAUACGACAGACUCAAGCGCAGGCUUGGGCUCGAGGCGUACACGGGUGGGACGGCGUGGGGGGCUCGAUAGAUCGCGGACCGGGCAGGCGUCGAGGAUGCUUGCCAUGGCUGUACAAUACACCGUUUUCCCAC